AUUCGGGAAGUUACAAACGUUUAGUGUUGUUAUCUAUUCGCCGUUCGGUCAUGUGGCAAGAGGCCCGCAAACAAGAGAAAGCCAUUCGAGGCAUGAUGAUUGACUUCCAGAAGCGUGCUGAAAGAAGAAAAUUGUUCUAUGAGAGAAUGCACCAGGACCCUAUUCAGAUGAUCAGAAUGAUUGGCUCUAGAUGCACGAUUCAUCUCGAUCCGAUGAUUGCCAGUGCAGCUGAAAACCCAAAGAAUAUGAUUCCGUGGCAAGGUGACCAUGAAGUUCUAAUAGACAAAUAUGAUGCAAGGCAGUGGUUAGACUUCAUACCAGAAACAUCACUUUCUCGAGAAAAUGAUGAUGGUGAUAUUGAUCCAGAAGAGCAAAAGUUUAACUAUGAAAGAUACAGGACUUUGGUUCAAAGUGACUUCCUGCAAAUCACCGAAGAGCAGCGUCUGGAGCAGAUGAGAAUGGAGGAAGCGUUGGGCAAAAGUCAGGUGGCUGCAACAAGCAAAGCAGAAAAACAAAAGUUGGCCAACAAGAAAGCUGCAAUUGGCUACUCAUACGGUGACACUCCUCAACCUGUUCAAAUUCUACCAAAGGAGACUGAAGAACUUGAGAGUGAAAGCGACGAGGACUUUGAUCUUGUUGUGAAAAUGGACUCGUUGACCAAGUCUCAAAUUGAAGAGUUAAAUGCAUAUGCACAACAGUACGGCAUUGCACGUGGAGAAUUCUUCAGGAUGUUAAAACAUGAUCGAGCAGAUUAUGAUGCAGAGGAAGCAAUCAAAGAAUUCGAAGAAAUCAGGAAAAAUCUAAGUGGACGAAAGGCUAAGAAACAAAGACGAUUGGAAAGAGACAAACGUCGAAAAAGACGUCGAGUGGACUCUCCAGUUAGCUAUGCAAAGAGGUCAAGUCCUUCUUAUGAACCAUACAAAGCGAGUAGCGAAUCUAGUUCUUUGGAAGAUACUGGGAAAGUUGAAUUUAUUACAGAAUUUGGAGGAGAUUCAAAAAAGGCGGAGAAAGGUAGUGCUAAUUUGCCACUUCAUAAAGUGAAGAAAUACAGACACAGACGAUCAUCUAGCUCAUCAUCUGAGUUGUCAUCGUCGGACUACGGCCAUUCACACUCACGAAAGUCACACCACCAUCGAUCUAAUAGUCAUGACCAUUCUCGACAUCGACAGAGGACGUCACGUGAUAGCAGAUCACAAAGAAACAGACAUGGUCAUAGAGAGAAGUUGCGCUCACGUAGUCGUAGUAGCAGUAGUCGGGAUAGGGACUAUGACAAACAGUCAAGACAUUCAAGAAGAAGCAGAAGAAGUGAGAGCAGAGACAGCAGUAGAAGCCGCAGUCGUAGUUCUCAUAGUACAAACAGAAAAGAAUCUAAAAAGUCAAGUGAGCUUGAACUAAAGACGAAAGCGUUAGCAAAAGCUCCAAAACAAUCAACAGCAAAGAAAUUGACACCUCAAGAGAAACUGAAAAAACGUAUGCAGAUCAUGUUGAACAAGCAAUUUAAGUCAGACAAAGUGAAAGAGCAGGAGAAAGAACAGCAGAAGGAGUUGGAGAGAAAAGAAAGGGAAGAAGACUUAAGAGAAUUGACUCGACUGUACAGGGAAAAAGCAAAUCGUGAUGGAGAUGAUGACUGGUUUGAUUGGCGAUAUCGAAGAUCUCGUUCUCUCUCACCUUCUCCAAGAGGAUCAAGUCGUAAUGAAAGUCGGUCAAGAUCACCUCACCCAGCAAGAUACCGGUAGACCAUUUGACUCUGUAUAGUGUCAGCUGGCUGUUGAAAUAUGUUAAUAUAUUCUGUAGUCAUUGAUCAGUAGUAAGAUUAGCUUGUUGUUAUCUUCACAGUCUGUUUACGAUCCUCUAUUAUAAGGUGAAGUUGAUGUUAGUUUGAAACAUGCUUGAAAUGUGGCA